UACCCGUGGCUACCAUGCUAAAGCAAAAAGGAAAGAGAGAGAGCGCUGGCAGGCCUGUGAUUUUGAAGCUCUCGCUUAAGCGCUCGAGCGCUCUCUUUUCAUCAUCUCUCUCCAGUUUCAAUUCUCUAACCCCACAUAAGCUACUUAACUAAGAGUAGGGUUGACGAUUUUGUGGGAGGAGGGGUGAUAAUUUAGUGUUUAAAUGGCUGAUAUUUGCUGUGGAGUAGCGAGGGAGAACGAGGCAUCGUCGACGCCAUGUGAGCCAACUUCAAGAGCAGCUAGGCGGAGAAGAAUGGAGAUCAGACGGUUCAAAUUUGUUCCAGGAGUGGCCUCAACAGAAACUGAAGCUGAUGACAUAGGCGCUCAUAAAAAGCAGAAACUACAACUUAACGAGAGUGUUAGUAGUCCAUUUUCUCGUGACUGCCAAAACGCAGUAGAGAAUUUUUUUUCUGAUCAUCGCAGCACAGAUGAGAAAAAACUGUUGGAGAAUGGAAAAUCAUCAGAACUUAAAAUUUCAAGGCAGUACUCUUUGAAUCUAACUUUAAGUCCCUCCAUUUUAUCAACACUUUCAAUUGAUCCUCCGGAGCUGUUUCCAAAAUUUGGGGUGGCUUCAGUUUGUGGAAGGAGAAGAGACAUGGAAGAUGCAGUAGCAAUUCACCCCUCUUUCUGUCGCAAAGACCAUGAAACCACGACCGAGUUACACUAUUUCGGUGUCUAUGAUGGACACGGUUGUUCUCAUGUGGCAGUAAAGUGUAAGGAGAGAAUGCAUGAGCUGGUGAAAGAGGAGGUGGAGAGCAAGGAGGAGUGGAAAAGCGCAAUGGAAAGAAGCUUUCGGCGGAUGGACAAGGAAGUGAUAGCGUGGAAUCAAGGGAUGGAGAUUAGGGCGAAUUGCAGGUGUGAAAUGCAAACUCCAGAAUGCGAUGCUGUUGGAUCUACUGCUGUUGUCGCCGUUGUAACUCCUGAUAAAAUCAUUGUCGCUAACUGUGGUGAUUCACGAGCUGUCUUGUGUCGUAAUGGCAAACCUCUCCCUCUUUCUUCUGAUCACAAGCCUGACCGUCCGGACGAGCUUAACCGGAUCCAAAACGCGGGUGGCCGGGUCAUCUACUGGGACGGGCCAAGGAUUCUUGGAGUUCUUGCCAUGUCAAGAGCCAUAGGUGAUAACUAUCUAAAACCAUACGUCAGCUGCGAGCCAGAGGUAACAAUAAUGGAUCGAACGGCAGAGGAUGAUUGCUUAAUACUGGCAAGCGAUGGCCUUUGGGACGUGGUGUCCAACGAGACAGCAUGUGGGGUGGCUCGUAUGUGUUUGAGGGCGAAAGAACACGCGCCGCCUCCAUGUCCACCUAGGUUGGUGGAGAAUAAUGAGGUUUUGGGGAUAACCACCAGCAGCAGCAGCAGCGGGAGCGGGGAAAUGUCGGACAAGGCGUGCUCUGAUGCCUCAAUGUUGCUGACGAAGCUGGCGCUGGCCAGGCACAGUACUGACAAUGUGAGCGUGGUCGUGGUGGAUUUAAGGAAAGACACGUAGCAAAGCAACCCAAUAAAUGCUCUUAUCAUCUCUUUUUUAUUAUUCAUUUUUCUAAAUGUUUUUCGAUGGUUGAGUGAUAAGGUUAAGGGGAAAAAAAAUGAUGGGUGGGUUUGUAUCUCCUCUGCAAGGAGGAAAAUGGGAAUAGAAAAAUAUCAACUGAUCAAAGAAAAUCAGGAGACCAGCUGUAUUUGUUGGGUUUUUUUUUUAAUUUAUUUAUUUUAAAUGAAAUCAUCUUUGCCAAAAUUGGGAUGCUAGCCUGCAGCCCAUAUAA